GAGAUCUCUCUCUUGGGUCAAUGGCCUUGAAUAUUGACGUCGUGGCCAAUGCCUGCAUACCGGACCUAUUUUUUCACGUCGGGACAAGUUGACGUCUUUCCGAGGAAUGUCUGCCAUCGUUCUUUAUGUAUCGAUCAUUUUAUGUUGCUCACUUCUCUACUGCUCUUCGGCCGUGAUAAAAUUCAGGAUCCAGUAUCGAAUGACACUAGAUGAGGAGCAGCAUAGACGCAUAUUCGAAACCAUAUGCUCAACAGAAUAUCCAGAUAUCCUGAGCCGAGGCCACAGCCUCUUGGACUACCUGUACUCGCUGCAUAGAGGUCCAUUGGAAUGAAGCUAUAAUUCCAUCGUACUGCUUGGCGACAGCGUUGGCAUCUGGGGAUCUGCCCGGAAUACGAUCGCCAGCAAAUGGCCCGUGUUCGUAUAUUCUUCCUUAACCCAAAGCCAGGCCAGUAUGGACAUCACGUCAUUGUACAUCCGGGUUAUCGCAGUAAUCUGGCUGGUUUGCUCUCGGGUGUAUUAUUUAUUGCAUCAAUCCAAAGACGGCGACGAUGAUGCGCUCCUCCUUUUGUCGUGGAACCUAUCGCUGUUAUCGCGUCACUCGAGGCACCGAUCAGAUGCCAAAUCACCAUAUCCUUUCACUAACUGCCUUGGUAGUAUUGAAGUCGGUGUUCUCUGAGCUUUGGGGAAAUCUAUUUUCAUUGGUUGCUUUCGCUGCUGGCUCUCCUUGCGGGGAAACCCGAUAUCAUGGCAUAAUCUUCACCAGGAAACGUUGCUGAUGAUUUUCUGAAACUUGAUCGCCAGAUAUCACUGCUUACAAGGUGUUCAAAAUUAUUAGCCACGUCUCAUUGUAUUUUAUUAAUGUUUGGUCUAGAACUGAGGUAGGACUGAUGAAAGCUGAUUGACAUCAAAAUGCAUAAUUCAAGGCUUACCGG